AAUUCUAUCCAUAACAGGUCGUCGUUUCCUCCAUGUGAAGUGUAUACAACGAAUUUUUUCAUAUUCAGAAAUGCCGUUUUUUCAUUUAUUCAACCGACGAAUUAAACAUUUAUGAAGUAUUUAGUAAGAAUAUAGUAAUCACUGAUCCGUGAUCACUCAAUGUGAAGGACCUAGAGGACACAAACGUGACAAGUAAUGAACUAUUGAAUAAUUCAAAAACCUUUAUCAACUGACAACUUCCGCCACAACGGUUUUUGCAGCUUUCGUUCGACGACUGAUAUUUUUGACCAAAGUUUUAUUUAUCUUGAGGUACCAAAUUCAUUAUAAUUUUUUACUUAUCAUCACGGAUAAAAAGAACCGUGCGUCCAUCAUAGAGUAAUAAUUAAUCUAUGGCGUCCAUGCUCAACAUUCAUCCUUGUUUGUUAGUUGUGUGGACUAAAAUUGAACAAUUACUAAUUAGUACAUAGAGAAAUAAAACAAGAUGAGCAAUUAUUCCACUCCAAAAAUAUUGCGUUCCACAGCAAAAUUACCAGAAACGCCUGCCUUGGAACGCAUUGGAUAUGGUACAGGUGUCGGUGUAUUCAAUUUGCAAAGAAAAGAUCAGUCUCCGUGGGCAGCAAAAAUUAUCAGUCGUAAUGCUGGUAGAGAUCGUAAACAGUUUAGCAAUCGUUUGCAGCUGGAGGCCAAAGUAUUAUCGUCACUCAACCAUCCUAAUAUAAUUGGCUACAGGGCAUUUGUCAAAAGACCUGAUGGCCGAGAAGUACUAUUAAUGGAACAAUGUGAACAAAGCUUAAUCGAUUUGAUUGAAACGCGCAAGGAAGAGAAUUUUGGACCAUAUCCUGUAGAAUAUAUCACAAAAGUUGCUGUAGACAUUGCAAAAGCAUUAGAUUAUUUACAUUCAUCUUUAAUAUUACACGGAGACAUAAAAUCUGGAAAUAUUUUAGUGAAAAAUAACUUUGAGAUUGUAAAGCUUUGUGAUUUUGGUGUCAGUUUGCCAUUAAAAUUUGAUGGAACAUUGCAUAAAAUCAAAGGUUAUAAAGCUUUAUACAUUGGGACUCCUUGUUGGUCUGCUCCAGAAGUAUUGAAGGGUGAAGAAUGUAUGGGGGCCAUCAUCACAAGUAAAGCUGAUAUUUUCAGCUAUGGUUUGGUCCUUUGGGAAAUGAUGACUUUAUCAUUUCCAAACUCAAGUACUGCAAUUAAUGAAUCAUAUUACACUGGAUUCAGUGAAGACAUGGACGCCCAUUUAGGUGAAACACCACCAUUACCUGAUAGUUUGGUAAGUGAUCCAAGAUACAAACAAAUUAUUGAGUUAUUUAAUAUGUGUACAAUGCAAGAUUAUAAAGAGCGACCUACAGCAAAACAGAUUUUGCGGUUUAUGGGUAUUUACUAACCUUUAAAUUGUUUAACCCAAUCAUAAUUUUAGAACCUUUAUUAAAAUUAUUUUUAUAUGCCUAAUUUGUUUUAUAUUUUAUAAGUGUACACAAAAAAGCUUUUCAAUUGUUAAUAAUAUUAAUAUGUUACUAAUAAAAUAUUUUUAAGCUUAUGAAA